AAGAAAGAAAUUAAUUUAAGUUUUAUCCGAGCGGUAGCCUUCACCAUUAAGCAAAGCCCAAAAAGCCACGGAAAACAGAAAUCUGCUUUCGCAAUUCGCAGCUUACAAACGAAGGAAGCAACCGAGAGGAAAAAAAAGAAGAAAGGCUCAAAGACGGAUUGACAAUGGCGUUGCAGUGGUUGAUUCUUACAUACGUGGUCGCAGCCGAGGCAGCGCUGGCUCUUAUCUUGACCCUUCCCUCUCCUAAGCUCUUGAAGAAUCGCUUGGUCUCUCUCAUCUCUCUUAUUCUGCAGCCUGCUCUGUUCGUUGUCCCCUUUGCCGGAUUCCAGAUCUUAGACAUCUACUGGAAAAAUGAGCAUCGCUUGAUAUGUACCUCUGAGAUCUGCACUGCAGCCGAGAGAGAUCGUUACGAGAAAUCUGUCUUCAAAGCUCAAAGGAAUGUAAUUUUGUGUGCAACUGCAUGUCUUCUAUACUGGUGUAUCCAACGUAUUUGCAAGUAUCACAAGGAAAUUCAGAGUUUGGAGGAAGUAGAGAAGAGAUACAAGAAUCAGUAGCUUCUUAUGUUGGCCAUCAUGGGAUUGGCUGACAAUCAAUUCAAUUCAGAAUGUUUCUAAACAAAACUCACGUUACCUCUAGAGAUAAUGUUAUGUUAAAAGCAUUUAUAUAUAUAUAUAUAUAUAUGUAUGUAUGUAUAUUUACCUAUAUUUGUAUUAUGUGUUUCAUGCCCCAAGGCAUGUUUUCAUUAUGGCUAAAGCACCUUGUAUUUGUUUUUUUCUCUUUAAAUGGAAUUUUUAACUCUUUUUUCAGGAAGAA